AUCUUUUUGUUCAAGUAUAUAAUUGUGAAAGAUGUAAAUGUGUAUAUUGCUAAUCGGCAAAGGUUGAUUUUGUUCAAGCAAUCAUAGAUCGACACUUGGAGCCUUUCAACUGCCUACUUCUUUCUUUGAUUAAAAUUCAAUUCUAAACUCUUCUCAUCCCCUUUAUUUCUUGAUCAUAUAUUGAGUAGCUAGAAAAAAAAAAUCUGGAAAUAGGUUCAAAUACAACAGCUUCGAUCGACCCAUAUUUUUGCGUUUUCAACCACAACAAUGUGGAAGGUCACCCCUUCAAAAUCUUUGGUCAUUAGGAUCAAUCUUGUGUUCCUAUCUUGUUUUCUUGUUAUUUAUGCCACCCUCCUCCUCCGUCCAUCGGCCUCCUCCGUCUAUCAUGAAAAUGCUGCGUCAUAUGUUCGCUGCUCCCUCCGUGAUUGCCACCACAAGGUGGAAACCGGGUACAAGAUGAAGGCAGUGCUACUGGAAGACGCAGUAGAGUCGAGUAGUAAUCACUCAAAGCAAAAAAUGGUGAAGAGAGAGAGGCCAAGUUUCUUAAAUUCAAGUGGUUAUCCAGGAACAGGGAUAAGGAUGAGGAUGGGGAUGGUGAAUAUGGAAGGGGAAGAUUUAAGCGAUUGGAACGUGCUUGGAAAGACGAUUCCUGUGACGUUUGAAAAGGUUUCAGAUUUAUUCGAAUGGAAGGACUUGUUCCCUGAAUGGAUUGAUGAAGAAGAAGAGAUGCAUGAAACAUUGUGUCCGGAGAUUCCAAUGCCGGAUUACAAGAAAUACGGGUAUUUCGACAUGAUAGUGGUGAAGAUACCAUGCAAGUUUCCGGCGGAAGGGUGGGGAAGAGAUGUUUUCCGGUUGCAACUGCACAUGAUAGCCGCGAAUAUGGUGGUGAGGAGAGGGAGGAAGAAUUGGAAUAGGAAGCCAAAGGUGGUUGUUUUGAGCAAGUGCCGGCCAAUGGUGGAGAUAUUCCGGUGUGAUGAUUUGCUGGCACACGACGGCGAUUGGUGGUAUUAUCGGCCUAAUAUGAAGAAGUUGGAACAAAAGGUUUAUUUACCUGUUGGCACUUGUAACUUGGCUUUACCUCUAUGGGGAAAAGGAAACGAUGAAGUAUACGAUGUAACCAAGAUCCAACAAACAAACUCAAGACGUAAAUCAACAAAACGUCAAGCCUACGCCACCGUGCUCCACUCGUCGGAAUCAUACGUCUGCGGUGCCAUCAUGCUAGCCCAGUCCCUCCUCAAAACAGGAACCAAACACGACCUCAUCCUCCUCAUCGACACCUCCAUCUCCGUCGCUACACGCCAGGUUCUAGCUGCCGCCGGUUGGACUAUAAGAAUCAUCGAACGCAUCCGCAACCCACGAGCCGAGAAGGACUCUUACAACGAGUACAACUACAGCAAAUUCCGGCUAUGGCAGCUCACCGACUACAACAAGAUCAUUUUCAUCGACUCUGACAUCAUCGUCCUCCGCAAUCUUGAUAUCAUCUUCUCGUUCCCACAAAUGUCCGCCGUCGGCAAUGAUAAUUCCAUAUUUAAUUCCGGUAUAAUGGUCAUCGAGCCAUCAAACUGUACUUUCAUGCAUUUCAUGCAACGUACCAACGACAUCAUCUCGUACAAUGGUGGCGAUCAAGGGUUUUUGAAUGAGAUAUUCGUUUACUGGCAUAGAUUACCGAGAAGGGUUAACUUCUUGAAGAACUUUUGGUCAAAUACAACUGUCGAAACCAGCAUGAAAAACCAGUUGUUUGGGGCUGAUCCACCCAAGCUUUACGCCAUACAUUAUUUGGGAAUCAAGCCAUGGCUAUGCUACAGGGAUUAUGACUGUAACUGGGAUAUAGGGGAUCAACAGGUGUAUGCCAGUGAUGUCGCACACCGAACAUGGUGGAAGCUUCAUGACACCAUUGAUGAGAGCUUGCAGAAUUACUGUAAGUUGACGAAGCAAAGGAAGAUAGAGUUGAAGUGGGAUCGAAUGCAGGCUAAGAAACAUGGAUUUGCCGAUGAGCACUGGAAGAUCAAUGUUACAGAUCCAAGACGCCGCGGUUAAAAUCACAUGAAUAUUACAUUGUCGAUUUUUGUUUAUUAUUGGUUUUGGUUUGGAACUAUAUCAUGCUCUAGUUGAUCAUUCUUGAUGUACAUACGGAUGGAUUUAUACUUGUACGGAGUUAAUAUAUGUUUUUAAGGUCAUUUGGUUAA